AAUCCCAAGUAACAAAUCCGCCUAUAAAAGGCAAAACAAUAUUUCUGCUCAAAGGGGGGACUAUAAUCACUGUAAACGAAACCUAAAUUGUGAGUCCAACAACAAAUCAGUUCCCAGAUGGAGAACAUUUUGUGCUCACUUGCUCAAACGCCAACCAUCUCUCUUGCAGUUGCUUAAAUUAUUUGAUGGGAUUCACUCUUCAAGUUUCACAGACAUUUGUACUCGUUUGUAACAGAAACUCAAUAUAAAAUGGCACUAUGGAUGGAAGCAGGCAGCACACCAACCACUGAGAAAGAACAAGCGGAUUUGGAUGCCAUCAAUGCCCUCCGAGAAUCUUCUGCACUGGAACUCAAGGAAAAAGGGAACCAGUUUAUUAAGAUGGGGAAGAAGCAUUAUGCCGAUGCAAUUGAUUGCUACUCUCGGGCAAUCAAUCAGAAGAUAUCAAACGAUAUUGAGAAUUCAAUUUUUUUUGCAAACAGAGCUCAUGCCAAUCUUCUUCUUGGAAACUAUAGACGUGCGUUGAUGGAUGCUGAAGAUGCAAUAAAGAUCAAUCCAAAAAAUGUUAAGGCCUAUUACCGAGGGGCAAAAGCUGCUCUUGCAUUAGAAUUAUUGGCAGAAGCAGGGAGGUUUUGCAGAACAGGUCUUGAACAUUGUAUGUCUAAUGAUGAACUCAAAAAGUUAGAGGAACAAGUUAAUGCAAAGCAGGCAGAGAUCGACAAUCGUAAGCUUCAAAUAUCAGAAGCAUUAUCUACAGCAGAGGCUCUUGCUUCUGCAUUAGACAGUAGAAGUUUGAAGUUGGGAAAGGUCAUGUAUAAAGAGCUAACUGGAGUAAGGAAGCCUAGGUUGGAUGAAUCUGGUAUACUUCACUGGCCAGUUCUCUUCCUUUAUGGGGAGGUUAUGUCUAGUGACUUUAUUGAGGACUUCAGCGAGACUGACACAUUUGCAUUACAUCUUGAUAUGUUGUUUGGAAAAGAUGCACCUCAGCUGCUUUGGGAUGAACAUCAUGCAUAUGGUCGCGAAGCAAUAGAACUUUACUAUCAGUCAAAUGCAGGGAGGGCCUUACCUAAAAAAAAGGUUCUUCAGUACUUUUUGGAGGACACAGCUGGUACCAUAGCCAACAAUUUUGAAGAAGCAGAUGAUGGAAAUAUAGAUGAUGAUUUUGCAAGUAUGUCAGUAAAAGAUUCUUUGAAGUGGGUGAAGGUGAAUGAAAGAAAGACUCUUCAGGAUGUUCUCAAACGACAUGACCAUGUUAUUCCUGGUAUUCCAGUUUUUUAUGUGGUGUCACGUCAAUCAAGCUUUUAUGAAAAGUUUGUCUCGGGGAGUUGGUCUCCUCCAUAGCAGUGCUUCACAAUUCCUGUCUUCUUGAAGCUUAUUUUGAUUGGAGCCUCUGGUGAAAGUUCUCUACUUGCAUGCUACAAGGAAGAACCAAUUUCACCUUUGGGGUAAUGAAGUUUUCUUGCAGCGAGUGAAGGCCUUGGGCUAAGCUAAGUACAAGGAUAUGAUGGAUAAACUCGUCUUUCUAACAAUUUGGAUUCAUCUUAAGAAUAACAUUCUGAAACUGUAAACAGAAUUAAGAAUUUCAAUUUAUAUUAAUUACAUGUGAUAGCUCCACAGGAUGGUACCUAAAUUGAUUAUAUCUGAAUGGCCAUAGCAUAUGAAUUAACAAGUA